CCUGCGAGCGCCCUGGCACGCAAGUGAAAGUGAAAGGGGGAACCGGAUCAUUGAGGAAGCGCGACCACUCCUAGGCCGCUUCCCAGCUAGGAUGGAGCCUGCAGGGGCCCAGAGGGAAGGAGAAGGAGGGAUUCAUGCUCGGUCUACGUCAGGAGCAGCUGGAUACCAGCCCGGGGAACAAGAGGAGAGAGAGCCGCUAACAAGCACAACACCCCCGGGAACCCCGGAAGAUCGCAGCUCGCCCUGCACUCAGUGGGCACCCGGCACCGGCAGUGAGCCCCAGGUUCGCAGCGGGUCGAGAGAUCGGAGUCUUGGGGGUGAUUCUGAAACUGGGAGCCCUUCGUUACCGCCUAAUGCAACUUUCUGGAUACGGAAACUGUCGGGAUGCGGGGAGCUGUUCAGUCGGAUGAAGGAAGCUGUGUCCGGUCUUUUAUCAUGCCAGAAUCGCAUCGCUGGAACUGUUUCUGUUGCUGUUUUGAUUUUGGUAUUGGUCCUGGUAAUUCUCCUGAUUGCAUGGCAUCUCUUCAAUAAAGAACCUCCCAUCUCCCUGCCCUCUGAACCAUGCCCUGAGGACUGGCUGUACUUCAAAAGGAAAUGUUAUUAUCUCUCAGAGGAGGAGAAGGACUGGGACUCCAGUCAGAGCUUCUGUUCCCUUUAUGAAGCUUCACUAGCUGUGAUUGAAAACCACCAAGAAAUGCAUUUCCUCACUAAGCGUAUGCACAUGCAAGACUCUUGGAUUGGACUGCGCAAGCGAGAAGAAGGCUUCUACUGGGUCAAUGGCAUUCCUCUUACAACAGACCUGUUUCACAUACAGGAUCAUGAAGAAUGUGCCUACACAGAUUCAUCUAGUAUCUCUACAUCAGCAUGUUCUUUACCCAGGCACUGGAUUUGCAGCCGCCAUCCCUCCAAGUGAACAGUUCAAGUGGAUCUUUAACAACCAAAAAUGGGCCAGAGUUUUACCAUCACUUCAAAAAGAUGGCACGUCUAGCCCCACAGCACCAGGGUGAAAGUAACAUAAAACUCUUACUGGUAUGGGGGCCCGGCUCCAGGCCCCCGGAAGGGGCAUGGACUCAGGCAGAAGGGGCGGGGCUGGGGCUCAGCCUCCCCCAGCCAGCCUUUCCAUGCUGCCUGGCCUGUGCCGCCCAGGACUCCAGCGGCGGCUUAAAGGGCCCGGGGCUCUGGCCGCUGCUGGCCUUGAGUCAUCUGCCCCUUUUGCCCCCCUCUUGGCGGCCCUAGGGGGGGCAAAAGGGGCAGUGACGUUACAGCAAGAAGUUUUGUAUCAUCUGCCAAUUUUGCCACCUCAAACUUGUUUUUGGGCUGUCAAGUGAUUAAGGGCAGUCAAAGGUUUCCUAGCCAUACGAAGCCAGGAGCUGGGUGUGCUGUUUAUACACUGUGAAGGACAUAAAUCCACAUCGUGAAGAGGUCAAGCAUAGGAGUUUAUUACACACAGCGCUGGCGGAGUGUCACCUGGCUUAUUAGGCUCAGAGACACUAUCAAUCAAUUGAUUACAAUAG